GAACACUUGUGUAACAAUAGGGGCAGGGACUAUAAAGCCUAGAUCUACAUUCAGUGUAGUUCUCUCUGUGUAUUUGACUUUACUACUGACUGACUACUUGGAGAUUGGAAUAUUGUUUUGUACCAAUUUGGACAGCAUUUUAGGAUAUUUGUUCAGUAAUUCAGUUCUACCAUUUCUUGCUUGCACAAAGCAGAGUUUAGCAGAGGUCUACUGUCAGGUAUUUACUGUAAUAUAUGAAACUUUUGGAAGAUAACAAAGGGCUAUUGACUCCCCCACCAGAGUCUGACAAAAUGUACAAUCCCACUUUGCCCACACCCAGCCUGACUAAAGCUGGAAACGGUGAUGAGUCCAACGGUGCAGCUGGCAAGUCUUUUCCCAGGAGUAAAUCUUACCAGAAUGAAACGUCAGAGACUUUAGAGCUGAACAAUGGUGACAUUAUUUAUCUGGACUUCCUGGAAGAGGGUCACUCUUCAUUCGUCCUGGAAGGCAUAAACAAGCUACGCAAGCAGGGUCAAUUCUGUGAUAUUAUUCUUGUUGUGGAAGACCAUGAGAUUCAGGCCCAUCGUGCAGUAUUAGCAGCUUGCAGCCCAUUUCUGUUUGACUUUUUCUCUGGCCUGGAGGAGACCACAGAGCCAUUGCCAACAUAUAAACUAAAGCAUGUUCACUAUAAUGGAUUCCAAUACUUGCUGGAUUAUAUGUAUACUGGCAGGCUUCAUGUUCCGCUAGAAAAUGUACCUGCCGUCUAUGCCACCUCAUUGAAUCUUAAAAUGGAGACUGCCACCAAAAUCUGCGCUGGUUUCCUGGCCAACCAUCUGACCACCGCCAACUGUUUAGGUAUCCGCCGCUUCACCAAGGAUGUGGCCUUUAAACAGGCUGUGGAUGAAUACAUUAGGUCCAAUCUAAAAGACAUCAUGUUGAGUAAAUCAUUCUUUGGACUCACAGACCUUCAGGUGGAAGUAGUUGGUCUGGAUGAAAGUAUCACCAAUGAGGUAAUGGAGCAAAGAUUUUUUUCUUUGGUUCUGGACUGGGCUAAAGAAAAUUUGAAUGAUCUCAAGCCCAAGUUGGAUCGCUUGGUUGAAAAGGUAAAUGUGCUGUACCUGCAGUCUGAUAAUACCCUGAAGGAUUGUGCAGAAGUAGAGGAUACGGUUCUAAGUAGUGAAGAUGAUUUGGUUCAAGACUACAAGAAAGCUAGAAGGAGGGACAAAUUUAAAAUCAAAGCAACUAGUCCUUCAACCAAUGGUAAUGGACAACUUUUUCACAAGUUCAAUAUAAAUCCUGAAGAAGCAGUUUCAGUAGCUGAAAGGGAGUGGUCUAUUGUGGCCAUCUGCAAAACUAGUGAAAAUGCUUAUCUGGCUAUUGCUGUUUUGGACGGUCGCUUAAUGGCUAUCACUGCCCAUGUUCGGCCUGUACCACCUACCAAUGGUGAUCAGUCUAAAGAAGGUAGCAUAGUUCCAGACUCACCCCCAGCUCAGUCUAGCAACAGACAUCGUUUAAGUCCAGUCUUGAAGAAAACAUCAAUCACGCCCCUUCAACCAAUGUCUUCUGCAAGAUGUGCUCUUGGUGCUGUGGAGUUAGAUGGGAAGCUAGUUGUGUGUGGUGGCUAUGAUAGGGGAGAGUGUCUUCGCAGUGCUGAGACAUUUACAAUCAGAGAUAACCAGUGGACCAAGAUGGCAGACAUGAAUAGAGCAAGGGGUAGAUUUGGAGCUGCAGUUUUAAAUGGUGUUAUCUAUGUGUGUGGAGGAUCUGAUGGCUGGAAGGAACUCUCUUGUGUAGAAAAGUAUGACCCAGCGACACAGAAGUGGAAACCAGUUUGUAGCAUGCUGAAAGAGAGAUCCAAUCACAGUGUUGUUACUCUUAAUGACAAACUGUACUGCAUUGGUGGCUGUGAGGGGCAAAGAAGUAUUACAACUUGCGAGUGCUACGACCCAGUCACAAAUACUUGGUUUCGUAUUGCUUCUCUUAAGACUGCCAGAUCCCAAGCUUGUGUGUGUGCAGCUGAAGGCUUGCUGUAUGUCAUUGGAGGCACAGACCUGUGGAACACCUUGAGCUCAGUGGAAUGUUAUGACCCUCAAACUAACACUUGGACACCUCGGGCAAGUCUAAACUCUGCUCGCAGAGGAGCUGGUGCAGGCUUAGUGAAUGGCAUGAUGAUUGUAGUUGGUGGCAGUGAUGGAACACAAUCUUUAGUGUCCUCAGAGUUCUACGACUUCAUCACAAACACUUGGAGUGUGGGCCCAUCCUUGAUCUCUCCCAGGGCCAACUUGAGCGUAGUUUCUGUGGACAGCAGGCUGUUUGCAGUGGGAGGCUUCAGUGGCAAAAAGUUUUUGAGCAGCCUAGAAUGGCUGGACCAGGAUGAUCUGGAGUGGUUUGGACAUGUUCCUAAGCUGUUUGACGCUCCAACACAGAGCAAAACUCAAGAGACAAUAAUGAAUGGGGGGGCAGUGGUAGAUGCACAAAAAGAAAAGAGGGAGACUUCAGAUGUUCUCCCUGUGGAGGAAAAGCAGCAAGUGUAUCACAUCAAUGGCAGCAGUGAAACAGUUCCAGUGAAUGAGCAGCUAGGAUCGUCAUAACGUUUGCAUUUUUUUUGUUUUGUUUUGUUUACAAUGUGUUUAUUUGAUGUUCUUGAGGAUGAAUUUCAUACAAAAAAAACAUUUCAGCUCAAGUCAUGACCAUGUUCUUCUGAUGAUUUUAAACCCUUUUUUAAUCUUGUUUGUUUUAAUGACUUGUAUUAACAUGACCUGUCUCUUGUACAUAUAAGACAGUCUUUAAGGUGAAAUUUUACUGGGCAAUUAGUACAAUUAAGACAGUCUUCUAGGUGACAUUUUUUCGGGCAAUUAGUUAAUCUUACUAAUUUUUUGGUACAAGUUUGGCAUUAUUUUAGGGGUGUAAAGUCAACAAAGUAGGAUUUUUUUUUUUAGCUUCAAAUGACCAACAUAUUUGUAUGUCUCCUAUUUUAGAGUGGCAUAAACAAAUCAAAAGUUGUCGAUUCAAAUAACAUGUUGAGUGAGAUCAAGCACAAAUGAGGACAAUUCAAUCUACUUACAGCAAUGUGUAUUUUCUUUUGGUCUUUUCAGAUUUAUGAAUCUCCUUUUCUCACUUGAGAAUAGACAUUUUUUGUUUGGGCAUUGAAAUUUAAAAAGGCAUUCUGUAUUGAAUGUAUUCAUUUAAUUUUGCAUGGCACUACUGAAUACAAUCUACAUGCUAUUUGCUAUAGCAUCUGGUACAAAAGAACCAUCUGUUUGUGCUUUGAGUUAAAAUGCACACAUUCAAGUUUAAUUUGGACAAGUCUUUCUAAAAUUACUUUACAUUUUUUUUUCAUAGAUUUCUGUUCAUUAAAAUAGUAUCCUUCCAUAUUUUUUUUUAGUCAAUUUGUUUAUGCUGUCUUUGUAGUUUAAGCUAUUGGUACUACAAAAGUUAAUAAACAUUUGUAUUUGUUCUAUCGUAAACUCAUUACAAUUUGGCAUGAAACAUCUGGACAAUUCAUUACUUAUAAUAUUCACCCUUAAUCUUCAUUCUCUAUUGCUAUGUGUUUACUUAUGACCAGUCACUGCAUUCAUUGCUUGUUGGGCUCAACACAAUGACUGUUAAUUGAAACACUUUUGAUCUAAUGCUCAAGAUUUGUGCAGUUUGAACCAAAGUGUAUUUGACCCAUGUCUAUCUCUCGAGACUAUUUCUGAUGGUCAAACAGAAGCUGUGAAGUUCUAGCAGACCGCAGGAUAGACGAGUGGCUAAACAAUAUAACUGUACAAUGACUAGUGACUCCUUCAAAAAGGACUAUUUUGUAGCACUGCAUAGGCAAACUUUUAAUAGUUUUGUUUAAAUGAAGAAAAUGUAAUGUAUGUUUUCAACCAUAUGUAAUGAAAAGGAUUAAGAAUUUUAAACUCUCAAAUUGAAACAUUAAAAGUUGUUUCGAUAUGGAAUAAUAUUCUGAAAUUAAAAUAGUUUAAAUUUAAAUGGAAAAAUAAAGUUAUUUAUAGUACUGGUAUUCAGAUUAUUUCACCAUAACUAGUUAAGAAUAAAGAUAGAUUUUUAAAAAAUACAUAAAACUAUCUUUAAUUGUAAUAAAAUGUUAAGCUUUUUGAUAUUUGAUGACAUUUUGUUCCAAUCUUUGAACACUAAGUGAAAAGUGUCAAUGUUUUGUUCAGACUUGAAAGUAUUGCUCUGUUUGUGUUCAGAAAUCAAUCAUAUUACAUUUUGCUUUUAUACUUUUGUUUUCUUUACAUGAGUGCUUAUAUUUUGUGUUCAAGUUUCAUUUUCAGUUGUCCAAUUAAGAUUGCAUUAUUCUUGUGGUUACUUAGUAUAUAUUAAGUAACUCUAUAUACAUGUAUUGACCAAUGUUCUAAAUAUUAGACUUGUACAACUUUUGUCUUCAUAUUUGAUAUCCCAUCCUGCAAUGGGAAUAAAAUGGUAGUAAGAAUUAAAAGAUUGUCCAGUGUUUGUGUCAUCAUCUGGAACUCAUUGAUCAGUUGUUUACUUUUUAAUACUGUCAUAGAACAUAUUUCUUUAACUUUAAAAAAAAAUAAUAAUUUUGUUUGAUUUUUUUUC